AUGUGCAAGGCGGUUGAGUACGUCUACACCCAGUGCGGGCACAAGCACGUGAAGAGGACUCCCUGCAGGUUCCUCGUCAAGCUCACGGGCAGGGACGGCGUGGAGACGACGCGCUGCAAGAGCGCUUACCUUCAGCUCAUCGAGGACGAGGUCGGCGGAGAGAACGAGGCGCGCCUCAAGGGAGGCUGCAUGACCAUCUCCUUCGACAAGGCGUGCGCUCCGUGCGCCAAGGACGAGAUGCUCAAGCGCAAGGAGCGCAAGGUGGCCGCUGUCAAGGAGAAGUACGGUAACUUCCCGGUGUGGUCCCUUUACUCCCAGACGAAGAUCGAGAGCGCCGAGGCGGAGUAUGACCGCUUGAAAGCGCAGUUGGACAGGAACGUCACCCUCACCCGGCCGAAGGGGACCUAUGACAACGAAGCUCGCCUGCCUUGCAAGGUCGCCAAGCGCAGCGCCAAGGAGAAAAAGUCUCGCCCGAAGUUUGGGGACUUUCUCCGCCGGCGCCGGCAAGAGGAGCAGCUGCUGGGUGAGCUGCUUGCGCUUCAGAUUGACCAGGUGGAGGUGGAGGAGGAUGACGAGGAGGUGGAGAAGGAGGAGCAGCCCAAGAUCACCUUGGUACUGCAUCCCCGGAGAACUGGCAAGGGCCGUGGCACCCAGAAGGGUGCUCGAGCUACAGUCGAGCCACGGAGAAGCGGGAGGGUGAGCAAGCCCACUUGGAAGCUGCGUUAG